CCUCAUCAGAUGGAUCACUCACAAAAAUCUUAUCUCUAUUAAUAAUACUUAUUUUGGGAAAGACUCUACUCCCAAUUUAGAUUUAUCUGUAUGGUUAAGAGAGGGAGAAAAGUUUCUCUUGUGCCUGCAGAGUCUCAAGCGUUUUCAGCUAAAAAUAACCCACAUGCCAGACAGGCACGGUAGAGGGGGGUGGCCAGGCCUAACCCGAAACACUAUAAAGUCAUCAGCACUUCUCACACAAGAUUGCUUCCCUGGCAUUCCAAAACAAAAGAACAUGCCUUCUAAUAUCCAAAAUUAAUCAACAAAUUAAUCUACAUUGCUACACACUAAUCAUAAUUUGUUAUAAAAUGGUUUAACGGGACUAAAGCGGCCAGGAAGAACAGGGGAAAAUUUCUCUCCGGAUAUGACCAAUAGGAGAAUAGAGCUCGAACCAAUCAGGCCACACGACGAACCCACCAAUCAGAAGUCUCAAAAUGAAUCCUACAUUUGCAUAAAGCUGCCUACAAAUAAGCAGGAUCCUGGCGCCCACCCCAUUUUUUCUCCCUUCCGAAGAAGACAAAUUUGAAAUGCCUGAACCAGCGAAGUCCGCCCCGGCCCCGAAGAAGGGCUCGAAGAAGGCGGUGAGCAAGGCGCAGAAGAAGGACGGCAAGAAGCGCAAGCGCAGCCGCAAGGAGAGCUACUCAGUGUACGUGUACAAGGUGCUGAAGCAGGUGCACCCCGACACCGGCAUCUCGUCCAAGGCCAUGGGCAUCAUGAACUCGUUCGUCAAUGACAUCUUCGAGCGCAUCGCGGGCGAGGCGUCGCGCCUGGCGCAUUACAACAAGCGCUCGACCAUCACGUCCCGGGAGAUCCAAACGGCCGUGCGCCUGCUGCUGCCCGGGGAGCUGGCCAAGCACGCCGUCUCCGAGGGCACCAAGGCUGUCACCAAGUACACCAGCUCCAAGUGAGUGCUGGGAGACACGAUCCAACCCAAAGGCUCUUUUCAGAGCCACAGAUUUUCACCACCAGAGCUGUGCGCUGACGCGCUGGGGUCUUCCUGGGCAUUGUUAGGUUACUGGGGACACCCGCGGGAGAACCCGCUACCGGUUCUUUGGGAGAUUCUGCCUUUGGCUCGGAUCGCCGAGGGCUGUACAGAUGUCGCCAGCAGCAUAACCGCCCGUGGGCAGAACGGCUAGCGCUCACUUUACGGAUCCUUGCAGGUUCUGGCCCCUUUCCUAAGGCUUGCACAGGCGCGGAGGCUGCUGGCCCCUUCUCGAAGCUGACCCCGGUCGCCACAUGGGAAGUGUCACCCCAUGGGUGUAAGCAGCCAUAAUGACAUUUGAAAAGCCCGCCGUGUAAGGGCGGGACUUCCUCUCCCGCUGCCGCGGAGACGGCGGCCCGCGUUCUUUGUGGGCAUUUGAUCCUCUAACUGCCCUUCCCCACCGGUUUGCCCAGGACUCCAGGAUCCUGCUUAGGCGUGUGUCCUGGGUCUUCAAAACGUAUUCACCGGCUGCCGCUUUCCGGUGAGGACACGACAGUUUUUAGCAAAAGUCUUUGAUCUCGCUUUACCUCCUAAGCUGCUCUCAGGAAGGUGCUUGUCAGUACGUUUGGCUUUUACGGUGUAACGUGACAAUAUAUUCCUCUCCCACUCCCCUCCCUGACUCCCAAGUGACUUCCAAAAACAAUUCUGGAUAUUCAAGCGCUACAGUCGCCUCACAAGUGCAGCCCCCAGAAUACGAAGGCUGGCUCGGCUGCCCCGAGUCCGUCCUUUUCCCUCACUUGGCAGAAUUCGUCCACCUGUCCUGUCAUCAGCUCUGGCCCCCAGCUCAGUUGAGCAAAAGGGCGAUCCUGAGAACUCGGGGACCCAGGGAAGUCAGAGGGUGGAGAGCAGGAAACGUGGACUCAGGACAUGCGUUUUACCAUCCUGAUGCUGGACACCAGGGUCUGGAAGGCUAGAGGUUGUGAUCACAUGACGCCAAAGAACCUAAACCUGAAAAAUGAAAAGCAGAAUUUGUCUCCUUCCCUCUUUUCUACAGACCCUGCGACGUAGAGGCUUCCUUCUGAAAGUUAGAUGAGAAAGUUUGGGUUCGUGGCACCUUCCCUGUAAAUGGAAAUACCAAGUACACCCAAGAAUCCCUAACUCUGUCCUCCGGAAAAUGCACUCGAAAAUCACUAACUCUGUCCUCCAGAAAUACCUAGCCAGCCUUCCUAGCCAGUCUACCUGGUCUCCCUUUAUUCUCUCAAAAAGGCAAAAUAAGUAAACCCCCCCCCCCCAAAAAUAAACAAGUAUUUGUUUUCACAUUGCCAAAUGUACAACUGCAUCUCAACUUUUUGUGAUCACCUUGAUUUCAGUUUGAGGUAAUACUAAAACUCCUCUGUCCAUAGCGAGCCUCCUUUUCAUUCCAGGGGAGUGGUUUUGUGAGAAAGCAUACGUGACCAUGUAUCAUCCCUCUCGGUGCCUUUCAAUGAUCCCCGUGCUGGCUGCACGAUUAUCAGAUAUCAAGGUCCGUAGACAGCCACUCACCGAACGCUCAAAGCAAACCUCGGUGGAUGCUUUUCCUCCCAUUUUUUUUGUUGCUUUGCUUUUUGUUUUGUUUUGUUUCUUGCUUUUUCACACUUUUUGGAAUGCCCCCUGACCUCUCCAGCCUCCAGGCCUUUGCCACUGUUCUCUUCCUGAAAUGUCCCUGAUUCCACUUUUCUCCCCAACACACACAGUUUUGUAAUCAACAACUCUCCCUUCGGCUCGCUCAAAACGUUGUUGAGGAAGCUUCUGAACUGCCCUGUUAAAGGCUCUCACAGCUGCAAAGAACUGGCCCUAUUCUCAGCCCCAAAUUCCUCAUUACUGACUGGAUGGGACCCUCAGGACUAGUGUGGUUGAAUCAGGGCCUGCUCCCUGAGACCAGCAAUAAAGGAUCCCUUCUCUACAGCACAGGCAAGGAGGGAGGGGGGACCUGAACAAACCCAAGGCUGGAUUAGGAGGGGAAGUGGCACUGACUGCCUCAUACAGAUGCCUUCUAGGCAGAAACAAGGAACAUCCAUUUGUCGCAUUGGCAUUCAAGUGCCAAGCACUGAAUUAUGCACCCAAGAUACAGAGCAGCGCUGCUAACCUUGAGUGUGCUUCAAAGUCACCUGGAGGCUUGUUAGAGGACAGAUUGCUGGCCCCACUCCCAGAGCUUCUGUCGUCUCCUUAGCUCUG